UGAGCGCGAGAUAGUUUCGAUUUUAGUGGGUGUCCGAUUUAAAAGUUCAGUUGCACAGUUUCGGGGAAUACAGUUGGUUUAUAUGCUGCCGCCGAGAGUGAAUUUGAUUGAUCACAAUGGGGACAUUUUCCUGUGACGGUGAGAUUGAUAUUGCUGAUUUCGGCAAGAGUUUUUCCAUUGGAACACAGCGAUUUGAGAGGGAUUUCUCACCAGGAGGAUACUAAUCGGGCUCAUAUUUGCCCGAAUGGAGAAAGUAGUGUCACCAAAAAAAUGAGGAUGAUUUGAGGUUAAGACAACAAUAGCGGCAGCAAGGAAAUUUUUUUGAGAAUACGUGAAACUGUGCCAUCAAUGGUGGAAGUGAUUCAGUGAGUGAAGUGAAGAUAGGGUAAAACAUGUUCUCAAGGAACCCGAACUGCGAUCAGCAAAAAUGUGUGAGUCCGAGUGCAAUAUCAAAUGUCACCUUAACGAGAGCAGCAGCGGCUGUCAAUGAAUAUCGUUUGUGGUAAAGUUUCGGAGGAGGAGCAGCAGCAGCAGCAGCAGCAGCAGCAGCAAGAGGCAAGGUGUUGCCGAAUAUUCUUAUCAACAGGGACGGCAGCGAAUCUUCCACAGCGGACCGCGGCUACGGGUUACGGCGCGUCAUAGCACGGCCGAGUCUCUGCUAGCAACAGUCCAAAGCUAGUAGUUACCCGCGCCCGACGAAGACUAAUGCAGUGGAGGAAGUUUGCACGGCUGAAAACGACUGCUACUGGACACUCGCGUACGCGGAGGAUGCUUUGUUGUGGCCGCAGAAAGGAAAAUGGAAGAUCAGUGCCUGACCUCACUGCAAGUCCGGGCCGUGCGCCCCCCGGACCAAUGCCCUCUCACCAGGGCCAGGGCAUGCAGCAACAGCAGCAGCACCACCCGCACCAGCAGGGCCAGCGGGGAUACGGAGGCGGCGGAGGGGCCGGCUCUGGCAGUGGUGCCAACAAGGAGCCAGUAUUACUACAGGGUGACUUCCGGAAGGUGUCCGGCAUCAGUUCGGAGAUCUUCCGCCAGAUCGAGGCGGUGGAGAAUGACCACGAUCCGAGCACGGCCGCUGCAUUGGAGGCGGUGGAGAGACGUGGUGAAAUGAUAGUGCGGAUCCUGGAACCCCGCUGCAUGGGUAGCCGACAGGCCGUCGAGGCGGGUCAAAAGUUUCUCAAUAAGGCCGACGCACGUCACACGGUCCAGCUGGUGGAGAUCGUGAAGCGGCCCGGCCAAACCCUGGGAUUGUACAUCCGCGAGGGCAACGGGGCGGAUCGGUCCGACGGGGUGUUCAUCUCCCGGAUAGCGCUCGAGUCGGCCGUUUACAACAGUGGCUGUUUGAGGGUAGGAGAUGAGAUACUGGCGGUCAAUCUGGUGGACGUUACCCGGAUGUCAUUGGACGAUGUGGUGAUAAUCAUGUCGAUACCCCGGCGACUUGUGCUAGCCAUACGACAGCGGAGGGGAUCCCGCGGGGCAAACUCUCCGGGGCCACCACAAAUGGCCCGACCGGAGCAGAAACCGCCACCGGUCGUGGUUAUCAAGCGUGAUUUGCGAGAUGACGAUCUGGACGAUUCGGAUCGGGCGCCACGUUCCUCGCGUUCCUCACGAGAGCGAAGGACUGGCGACGGUCGGGAAAUGACGGAGUCACGGUCGCGCCUGGGACUGGGCCUAAACAAUUACAGUCCCCAAAGUGAGCAGCUCGAUUUGUACUACGGUAGCCGACCGGGCCCCCCAGUGGAGACACCGAACUGGGGCUACAAGCCACCACCACCGCCAUCGGUUAUCACCGAGCAGCCAAAAGGUACCCAUGGCUUUCAGACAUCUCAUUCGUACUAUCAGAACGCCGGCACGCUGGAAAGUCUUGCCGAAAAGGUACACUCAUUCUAUCCGGGCGGCAAUCGUCGAAUGUCCGCCGGAACCGGUGUCAGCAUGUCGCAAUCCCACCAACGGUUCCCGCGCAGCGGAUCCGAUCAGCAUUUGCCGCGGGUUGAAUACGCAGACUAUGCUUCGCUCGGGAGACACACACUACUGCGGUCUAGUCUAAAGUCGGAUCUAGUCCAAGCGGCUCCGAUCGCUGGCGGUACCCUUGGCCGCUACGGACGUUACGAACCUCCACCUUCUUCACGCACACCGAAAUAUGCUCCGUCGGCACUGGGAGCAGCAACCGGAUCUCUACAGCGACGCUCGCGUCCUGCACUGGAUUAUUCGAGUGAUACGGAGGCCACAAUUGGACCUCGGCCUAGCUACUACUACUAUAACCACCCGGCGAUGGCCAAUACGAUAGCACGCGGCAGCACCCAGGCCCUCGGUGGUGGCCCAGAGUACGCCAAAUUCAACUCAUUGCCACGCGAACGUCCCGGUUCGAGAAUGGGUCUCCGAAGUCGCAUAGGCGAACGUAUCCAGGACGAAAACGACGGUAAUCUAUCGGCCCCGGAGUAUUCACUACCUAUUCGGAGAGAUCCGCGUGACCUACGCCAGCGGAUAACAGCGAGCCCAUCGAUCUUCACGUCGGACGAAUACCGAGCUUGGUUGAGACGAGCACCCAGCAGUUCCGCAAUCUGUGAACAAAUGAGAGCCUCGCGCGAUAUCCUUAACCAACAGCGGGCGCAUCGUUUCUCGUGCUCAGCGGAAAAUAUCCACGACGUGCUGAAGAAUACCGAGAAUAUCUACAGCAGCCGAACCGGACUGACGGGAGGUACCCUCGAUCGAUACAGUCUGUCCGCGGGCGGUCCACGAAUGUCCUCACUGCCAGUGCGGUCCAUGUCUUCGCAGCACAUCGGACCUUCCUCGAUCAGAUCGCCGAGCGUUCGCCGUAUGCGACAACUGCUCGAACUGACCCAGGGUGGACCGGGAGGAGGUGUCCCCGGUUCAGCUGUGGCCGCCCUAACCGGUCACCAGAGUCCAGCUCCGACACCAAGCACAACACUCCCCCGAGCCCAUCGGCAGAUCGACAUCAACCCGGCCGAGUACACCAAGUACAAGUUGGAUAAACCAGUUGUCGAUGCGAUCGGUAUGUCCGGUAUGCUUUGGAUUCAUUUGCUGGCGGGACGUGGAUUACGCGCCAUGUCCGAAACAGCGCAACCACAGCAGCCAAUGAUACGGGACUUGUACUGUGUUCUGGAGUGCGAUCGGAUCCACAAGGCUCGGACCGUUGUACGCUCCGGCGAUCUCCAGUUCGACUGGGACGAAUCGUUCGAGCUGGAUCUGGUGUGCAACAAGCAGCUGGAUGUGUUGGUCUACUCCUGGGAUCCUCAGCAUCGGCACAAGCUCUGCUACAGAGGUGCCCUGUCGCUCACUACCCUACUCCGACAAUCACCGAUUCAUCAGCUGGCGUUGAAGGUUGAACCACGUGGAACAAUCUAUCUGCGCCUGCGACACACCGACCCAUUCCAACUGUACCGUCGGCGGGGAUUACCCAGCCUGCGGGGAAACGUUCCGGCUCUGUUUGGAGCCGAUUUGGAGACGGUGGUGACACGCGAAGCAAAGGGUGCUCCCGGCAGCGCUCCAGUUCCUAUUAUUCUGCGGCGUUGCGUGGAAGAAGUCGAACGACGCGGGCUGGACAUUAUCGGUCUGUACCGACUGUGCGGUUCAGCCACCAAAAAGCGUUUGCUCAGGGAAGCUUUCGAACGGAAUAGUCGCGCGGUUGAGCUGACACCCGAUCACGUACCGGACAUUAACGUGAUUACCGGUGUACUGAAGGACUAUCUCCGUGAACUUCCAGAGCCUCUGUUCACCAAGUGUUUGUUCCAGAUGACGGUGGAUGCACUAGGUAGUGUUUGUUUACCAGAUGAUCCGGAGGGUAAUGCCAAGUUGAUGCUCAGUAUUCUAGACUGCCUGCCUCGGGCGAAUAGGGCGACGCUGGUCUUCCUAUUGGACCAUCUUUCGCUAGUCGUUUCCGCUGCGGAACGCAAUAAGAUGUCUGCCCAGGCUCUGGCAACAGUUAUGGGUCCACCCCUAAUGCUGCAUUCAUCCAGCGCCGGUUCCAACGAGGAGAUCGAUCACGCACAACCAAUCGCAGUACUCAAGUAUUUGCUGCAAAUUUGGCCCCAACCCCAGCAAUCCUCAGCUGGCCCCGUCGUGGGUACUUCAGGUCGGCGCGGCGAGCCAGUAGAGCCGCGUGGAAACAAAGCCAGUGCGUUGCAAGUGGGCAAAUCACAAACGCCUCUCCAGUCCCUCCCGUCGGCCAGCAGCCUCCACCAGCAGCAACAGCUACUGCAGCAACAGCAGCAGCAUCAGGCGGCUCAGCAGGCAUCAUCCUCCCUGUCGGUGGGGACGGGGGCUAUCUCACGUUCAGUAGCCAGCAGUCCAUCAACAACAUCCUCACAACUCGGUCCGCAUCCGCUCUCAGCCACUCCCAGCAAUCUACAGUAUCAAUCAGUAGUGGCUCAGUUAGCUCAAUCCCAUCGAGUCUCGCAACAAGUGGGCCAACAGCCCCAUCCAUUGGAGGGCUCAGCGGCCUCGGCGGCGCACGUCCAAUCGCCGCAUCACGCCACACCCUCCCCAAGCUCUAGUUCCACCUCUUCAGCGUCCGGAUCUGGAUCCGGCACUGACACCAUCAAGCGCGGAGCCUCACCCGCCUCGGUUAAGUUUAAAGAAUCCAGCAGUAGCUAUUCCCUGAAGUCCGACACCAGCCGCAUUCUGAGCAGUAGCAGCAGUCUGGCGAAAAAGUACGCCACCAAUGGGAGCGAUCCCGUUGCCAAUGGUUCCGCCCCGCUUGAUCAUCAGCACCAUCUCGCACUGUCGUCAUCCUCCUCCUCCUUGCUUCUUGGGAACGGUGCGGGUAGCAACGGUGGUCCCACAAACGGCACUCGUAAACGGGAAGGUAACGGCGCUACUCACGGCAUUAGCAGCACCAGCAGCAGCAUCAACAACAACAAUGGACCAAAUAUCUCCUCAUCAUCUGAUCUACAACUUCCAUCCAGAAGUGUUCUUUUCUCAUCGGAUUAUCUGUCAUCCACAUCGACGACAUCGCAGCAGCAGCAGCAGCAGCAGCAGCAGCAGCAGCCGCACGCGGUGUCGAUUGCAUCACACGGAAAGGUUUCCACUACGUCAUCACCAUCGAAAUCCUCGGCAGCGAUAGCGGGGACAUUACCCAUUUCUUCGCUGGACGUUGCCACGUUCAGUCUGGACGAGAAGAACAACCUGGUGGUGUCUCCAUCGCCCUCGGAAUCGUCUCAUCACUCGUCGAACUCUUCCCUGCGGGAACGCUCGCCACAGAAAUCGCCGUCCCUGAAGCGUCAGGAGCCGAUCGAUCGCACUGGGGAAAGCGCAAGCAGUGGAUCGAGUUUCAUUUCCACACUCAGGAGCCAAACUCUCGGCAGCUAUCAGUUCCCGUCGAGUAGCUUGAAGUUACCCGGUCAGUUGAGUGCAGACUCGUCAACCUCCGCAGACGAUGGAAGCACUUCGUCGUUGCUUCGCAAACUAACCUCGUCGCUGUCGAGAACGAUCACCAGCAAUACAGGCACAUUACCAUUAUCUUUAGGUAGGCAGCAAAGUGCGAGUAGUUCAUUAUAUCAGCAAGACAUGGGCUAUUCGAGUGGCAGUAGUGGUAAGCCAACUAGUAGUUACGCAAGCUCAGGCGGAAGCAUGCUGGGUGAGGGUAACAAUGGUGGUAACGGUGCGGUUACCACAGCCGCGGCGGUCAGUAGCAUGAGUAUCUACGGUACGCUUCCGAAAAAUUCCUCAAUCUAUUCUUACGGUGGUACAUCCACUGGUUUGUUAACGGGAACCUCGAGCUCGUAUGGUAUUAGCGAUCGACUUCGAGCGCUGACCGGUACCGGUGGAGGUGGAGGUAUUGGGGACAGUGGCAUGAUGGGAACAUCCGCUAGCUCCAGAACCGACAGUGGAGCCGGCUCCAGUGAUGCCGAUCUGGGAGCAAGCGGAUACGACUACGAGUCGUCUGGAUUCUCGUCCACUGGGCUGACUUCCUCCUAUGGUACCUCGGCCUCGAUGACCACUUCGGCGACUUCUGGUGGACUAUCGUCGUCUUAUUUCAGCACCGGAAGCGGCACUAGUCCCUUCAGUAUGGGAGGGAAUGGGACAAGCGGUGAAGGUAAUGGUAGUAAUGGCCAUCCAAUGUACCGAGUGCAAUACUCGUCAACGAAUCCCUUUCUACCCAGUUACAAUCCACCGAGCGAUAAUGGCGGAACAGGUAACGGCGCCGCUAGCGGUCGGAACGGUGGCUUGAAAUCCUCGGACGAGGAUGACUCGUUCGAUAUGAAAUAGGAAGGUAGCCCAUUUGCUUCAAAUCAGUAUUAUUAGUGGAAAACUAGUCGAGGGAAAUACAUAAGCAGGAACUAUUCGUUGAUAGGAAGCUGUCGAACAACUAUUGCGACUAGCAAAUUUGUGUUUUUAGUUUUUUGCGCAUAUUUCGAGAAGUAGGAUGGAAAUAAUCAGAUCCUAAUUCUCAACCUCUCUGACUCUUUCUGAUAAGUUCCGUAUCGGGUUUGUUUGACAAAAAAUUCAACGCAACUUGAGCAAAACCAUACAUAAAUAUUCGAAUCAAUUACAUGCAUUUAGACGAAAACUACCCCCAAAAAACAUUGAAACACAACACACAGAUUGUUAAGAUUAUUACUGAACGUGCAUUUUAUACGCUUUACUUGUCAUUCAACUAGUAAAACUCGAAUUUUGCAGUGAAGAAAAAACCAAACAAUAAUAAGCUUAAACGAAACUGUCACACUCACAGUAGCGGUGGCAAAUGUAACGCGAAAUCACACACAUACACACACACACACUAAAGCUAGCUCGUAACGUCACUAGCUGAGGACAAACGUAAAAAUAAAAACAAAAUAAAAGACACAGCGUAUAGGAGGUAAAUUGCGAGCAAACCAAAAGAUACAACUGAAUACAAUAAGACGAAAGAACAAGACUUACUUUUACAUUACACUUAAUGGUAAUUUACAAGUGAAGAAUAAUAAGAACGAAAGCGAAACAAACACAAAACACCCAAACACAUUCAACAACAACACACAUUGAAGCAAACGACCGAAAGCUGUCACAGCGGGAGCCGACGAGCUGAGGAUUUUUCCACCCUCUCAAAGAAAAAAAAGAAACAAUCACAAUUGCAUUUAAUUUUUGAUCUUCAGUGUCGAUCGCUUUAAUGAACAGAUCGAUCUGACAGAAAAUGGAGUGUAAAUAGAUUAGCAUAAUUACUGAUGUUAAACAAAAUUUCAAAUCACGACACAAAAACCGAGCGAGCGUGGGAGAGAAUGGAAGUCACUAUACGAAACACACAAAAAAAAAAGAGAAUGAUUAGAUUAAUAGCCUUUAGCCAUUUCGGACUUUUUCCCCAGUUUUCCCCACACGAGGAAAAAAAUUGGGGCGAUAGUCUCUUCUAUACAUAUAGCACAAUUUUUCAUGGCACAUCAUAAAAAAACACACACACAAACACAAACAGAUAUCAUCUCUCGCGCGCGGAUCGUUCAUAAUCAAAUACGGUAGCGAAAACCAGAACCAAGUUUAGCUAAAAGAUAAACCUAUUCGAAAAUUAGUAGAAUCACCUUACUAUUUGAUCUCUUUGUAAUCGCAUAUACUAGGCAGGCAUCAUAAAAAAAAAUGCGCAUGUGCACACACCUGGCAGCGGCGGAGGCGCGGAGCGAUAGGAAGAAAAGGACGAAACACCUUAUGUUUCGGAGGAGAGGUGCACAGAGCGUGGCACAUCAUUCAACGGUAUCAUUUGCUGCGCCAGGUUCCUAGCACAUUUCCGCACGAUUGUAUUGAACGGAUCGAUAGGUAUUGGGAAGGAAAUUCUACAGUUUUUUUUUGUUUGUUUGAAGGAUGCACUCACCGGAAGCGAUAUGGGGGUUUGUUUCCAUAUUUGCAAUAUAUGUAAUAAUCUUCAAUUCGGAGUAUUCAGUGAAAAUUUUUUGGAUUUGGUUAUGGAUAUGAACCGAGACCAUUGUGACGCAUUUCUCACAUUCCUUGUCAACCUUAUCGGAACUCGUUUCUCAACUAUUGACUUCAUUUUGCUGUCAUUGAAAAAUUUUUCAAGAAAAAAAAAGAACUAAUUUAAAUCGAUAAGAAUUUUGUUCGUUAGGUCAAUGUUUAUGUUACAGAGAUGGGCGCAAAAAAAUCCACCUCAUUCAAAAUCAAAGUGUUUCAACAUUGAUAGUAUUUUUAAAUUUUACGGUAUUCCAGUCAAUACCAGGGCUACGGAGUCGGAGUCGGAGUCGGAAGGAAUUCCAUUGCAUUAAAAGUCGGAGUCGAAGUCGGAAAUUUUUUACUAACUCCGACUCCUAGUUAAAAGACCCAAUAAAAUCAAGACAUUUAGCUCAAUUAACAAAAUUUUAUUCCGUGAUAUGGAAAAUUUGUUUUAUUUGUGUUAUCAUCAUGUGCAGAGAUGUCUGAUAUCCUGAGAAACACUAAAAAAACACAGAUUUUUUAGAAAUGAUCCUGAUUUUUGUACUUUUUACUUCAUCAGAAUGAAAACUAUCCGAGAAAAAUAUACUAGGAUUCCUGUCAAGGUUUUCUUAGAUAAAAAUGAGAACGAUAAUAAUAGCUCUUCGGUCCGAACAUGUAUGAUGCUUACAUAGAAUUAAAUUCUCCUGAUACAAAGCUAUACUUAACUUUUCAUCAAUAUGUAUGAUCGUUGUUACUCGACAAAUCCCGAAUAAGUGAAAAUCAAUUUUCAAAAAAAGGCUAGAUAAUUUCAUAAAACGGAAUACCUGACGAAUUUUAGAAAAAAUAACAAGAUUAAGUUUGACGAACAACAUUACCUUGGAUGAUGUGUAUGUACGAGUAGCCGCAACAUUAUUAAUUUUGAAUUCAAAGAAAUUCUAAAUUUUGAUUCUUCUCUAAUUCACUGUCAUGAUGCUGCAGGUUUUUGGGGCAAAAUAUAAAUGAUCAAAAGAUCCUUGCAAAACUCUCUUAGUAACAAAAACUUCAACUCUAUGGCGAGCAUAAAUAUACGAGAAAACAUAUAUAUUCUGGGAGGAUAUAAUUUUAAAGCUGCGUAAAAGAUGGUUGCCUAUAAAAAUUUUGCUUUUGUUUUCUCAAAAAUCGGCACGAACUUUCAAGACAACCCAAUAUGAGCUAUCCUGAUUUCUUUCUGAUUUUUAUUUUCAUUCUUCCUGAUUUUUUAGAAAUUUUUUGAUCAUGUUUAAUCAUGCGAACUAGAUGGAAAUAAUGCUUUGCAAAAUACGUAAAACAGCAAAAUUAUCCACGUUACGAAACACCCAAACAGGGACCGUCAGAUUCCCUAACAUUUUGGUAACUGCAACAUGAGACCAAUCAAUUUGAAGACUUUUUCCAUUUUCCAACACGCACGCACGCAAAAAAAGAAAAGCAGUAUCGAGAUUCGAACCAGAAAUAUCGCGAUUAUUAAACCUGCAUUCUAUCACGACUUUUUGACCCACUGCAGAUAUACAAAAAUUGAAUAAAAUUUGUGUUGUGUUGUGAUGCGUUACGACAUUUAAAAGGACAAACGUGUAUCUGUGAAAUCGAAGUACACCCAAAAUGAAUUUUAGCAAAUGUUUCGUCAUCCCGAUUUAUUACAAAAUGAUCCUAAAAAUAACAGAAAAUGUCAUGACAUUUGUCAAAUGGCAUAGCAAUUGUAUAAUAUAUAUAUAUAUAUAUAUAUAUAUAUAUAUAAAUAUAUAUAUAUAUAUAUAUAUAUAUAUAAAUAUAUAUAUAUAUAUAUAUAUAUAUAUAUAUAUAUAUAUAUAUAUAUAUAUGGCAUAGCAACAUAAGAUCAAUUUGAGCGAGCGAAACAGGAGACACAUUGCAAAUAAACACUUUUCGUAUAGUUUGCCAAAUAAACGGCCCAGACCGAGAUGAAUAUAGAUCUCUUCUUUAUGUUCUCCUUUUUACUCUUAGAAAACACUGUCCAACUUCAUUUCAUAACGAGGUGUAAUAUUAUCACGCAUUUACCCAACAGCACCAGUAGCUGUGUGGAUAACGUGGUCAUGUAAUACAGCCUUGUAUUCCAUCCAGCCUUGGAUCGAUCACCGGCACCGUUUGGACUUUUUUUGUGUAAUCCCAAAAGAGAUGAAAAGAGAAAAAAGAAAGAGAUGUCUGCUCCAAUGCAUACGAACAUUUUAUAGCCUUUGAAACAGAUGAUGUUAUUUGUUCAUUUGGCGCUUCAGGACACGAGAAGGCUUUUUUCUGCCGAAAAUGAAACGAUCUCUGGCAAUGCUAGCUUGGGUGUAGAAGCACAACAGAAGUGAAAAAAAUGUAACCUUCUUCACCUUAAUUUAUGUUGUUAAUUCGUGAGAGAAAGCUGUGGUUGUGGGAUACAAUACAUUUAAAAAAACAUCCAAACAUCCAAAACCCUGGUUUCGAAUUAUUUCAUUUUUUCAGCAGGAGUCGGCCCUGGUCAAUACAGCGUAAAAGUAGGUGAUUAGUAAACCAUUUUGCCAUUUCAAUAUCGCUGAUUUAAAAAAAACAAAAAAUGACUUUCGUUCCUAAAUGAGCACUUUUAGGGUAUGACAUAAAAAAAUCCACUUCAUGGAUUUAAAACAAAUAAUGAAAACAAAUAAUAAAUAGUCAAUAUGACCCCUUUUGGUCUCAAUAACCAACUAACAACGCUUUGGCAUACUCUCCACGAGGUUCCGGAGGUCCCAAGCCUUCUUCAACACAGUAAAAUAGUGUUGCUCGUUCGUAACGUCAGUUGUCCAAAAUCGCCAAUAAAUUCUCAACAGGGUUAAAGUCGGGGCUUUCGGAUGUCCACACCAUUGGUUUGAUUCGGGACGAUCGGAUGAAUGCUGCUGUUCUCUUCGCAGUAUGCUUCAGGUUUUUAUCUUGCUGGAAGGUGUGGUCCCAUUUUCAGCAUGGAUUCUCACACAAAAUGACGAUGUAAGUAUCGGCAGUCAUAAUACCGUUGACCUGCGCUAAGUUUCUCACCCCAGCCCAGGAGAAACAGCCCCACACCAUGAUGCUUCCACGAUCGUGCUUAAUAGUCGAUUGCAGAUGUUGGAGCGUGUCCGUUCUUGCAUCAGUCUUACUUUUUGAUCCUCUUCCCGGUCGAUCGGCCACGCUGUCGAGCAUCUGGUGCUUCAGAAUGACCAGUUGGACCGCACCAUGGCAUACCCCAUACUUCCCAGCAAUAUUUCGUUGAGACUCCUUCCGCUGAAAGUUACGCACAGUCAAAUUUCGGACCUGUGUUGAGAUUUGCUUUCCACACGCUUUUCGGAAGCUUCCUAAGCGUCAAAAAACGUCCAGGAGUUGACUAAACAUCAACGAAAAUUAUGUUUGUGUUAAAUGUAAACAACCAACUGUCAAAACCGAGAGGCACAUUGAGGAACGAAACACGGUAAAACAAAUUUACGCAAGUGGAUUUUUUACCCUAAAAGUGCCGAUUUAGGAACAAACAUUUUUUGUUUUUCUAAAAAAUAAAUCUACGGUACUGAAAUAGCGAAAUGGUCUACUAAUUACUUUCUUUUACGUAGUAUUCAUUGGAAUACCGAAAAGUUUGAAAAAACCUCUAAUAUUGGAACACUUUGAAUUCGAAUGAGGGUGAAUAUUUUUUAGUGCCCAUCACUGUGAAAAGUCGGUAGCAUCGACUGAGAAAAAACUGUAAUAAUUUUUUGAGCUGUUUGUUCUGCUUGUGGCUUCUAGUUCAGUUUGGUUCACAUAACUAAUAUUUCGCAUUGCAAAUAUUUCAGAAACGCUCCGAUAUAUGAAAUUUGCAACACAUGAAGUUCAAACAAGAACUAAACUCGAUAAGAUUCUCUCGUUUUACACAAUAAAAACAUAAGGCUCGAUGUCUAAACUUGUACCUCGGUAGCAAUAUGGAAUACCUGAAUCGAAUAGAUCCAAGAUGUUGAGAUGAACCCAAUGUUUCAAUUUUGAGCAAUAGCUCCAGUUACUACUUAGUUAGGUUCAUGUGAUCAAAUGCCAUGUGCCGUCUUGAUGCUGCGAUUACUGCAAAUGUGAAUGCUGUUGACAGCUGGGAAUUAUAUUCCCGAUGAGAUGUUUCAACAGGAGUGCACAACCCGCGUCAGGAAUGAAAACUUACAGAAGACGAUUCAAUUUUGCAACUAAUCAUGAACUGUACAGACCACAAUCCGUACCAACUGUGCGCAGUCUUCCGAAAAACACUUACACAUGUGUACGCGAUGUUCAAAUUCCAUGUUCUUGUUCUACACGAACAUGCUUUUCGCUAGUGUUGAAUGUUUAUUCCAAACACGCCGAACGAUACACAAACAUAACCAUGUAGAGAUGACACAUACCACCCGUUGUCGCAGUAUUCAUUGCUCUUCGUUUCGUUUCAUGCACGGAGGAAAAUUAUUCCUCCCAAAACAUUUUUUUUUCACAGAAACUAACUAGAAAUUUAGUACGUAUUGUAAACAUUGGAUGAACUCAGAGGCUAUGAGUUCACCCAUAUUUAGCAAGUCGGAUUAAAUAAUCACCAAAUUUUUCAGUGGAAAGGAAACAUUCUCUGAAUAGAAAGAAGCUUUCUAUGAGAUUUUUUUUCCGUGCAUGUUGCCAAUUGAAGUCGAUCGGCGAUGUAAAAAUCUUUCUCAUCUGUACUUUUUCUUCAAAAAAUCUGUACCAUCAAAAAUAUUGGUUGUAAAAAAAAUAUAUUUUAUUAGGAUGAAAAAAAUACUCAUUCAUUUAUACUAAAUACUACUAAUAUUAAUUUCCAAGUCAUUCGUGUCUUUGAUGAUGCUUAUACAUAGCUAUCAUGUUUAUUCAAUUUUUUGUAUCUCAAAAUAGCGUUCAUCGUGUAGUUGCUGAGCCGAUUUCGAAGCAUAUUUUCGUUCUGAUUAUAUUCAGAAAAAAAAUUCAAGGAGUGAGGCGUAUUGAGAACGUCACAAACAAGACAUCGAAGCGUCGAAAAUGCGAUCGAACCGUCAAUUCUUUUCAGACGCGGAAAAAAUCUUUUUGAAGUUCUCAAAUUUGCUUUUUGAAGUUCUCAAAUUUGCGAGAAAAAUGUUCUUCCUGGUUGACGAUACUUCGGAAAGCCUCAGUGUCAGGAGAUGGACACUGAGAAUUGGGAGAUGGGAAAUUUCCCAUUUGUUUUUCGAACAACAUGAGUUUACUUUCGUGUUUUUGGAUCUGGUUGAGAUUUGAACCGAUUUACCUUGCUGGCCCAAGUUCAAAUUGUUCAGAUGGCUUGUGAUAAUCGUUAGGAAUGCUGGAUCUGCUUUACAUUACUCGUUUUUUGAAAUUCUCGUCAGGUUUUAAGGGAACGAUUGAAUGUCGCCAUUUUACUUGUGCUGGCUUCCAUUUCGCUUCAAUAUACACAAGACACGCAACUGCAAGCAAAAAGGAGCGAUUUCUAAUAGACACUGAAAUGGAAAUAAACUCGACUGUUCUUCAAUGGCGAAAAUGCAGCAAAAAUCAACUUAAUUCUCUCCAAAACUUUCUCUCUCUCUCUCUCUCUAUGGAGUUACACAUUCGUGCACCCUGUUCUCUCUCUCAUAAGUUUGGAGGCGAUCUGGCGUAGUGGUAACAUCCAUAUCUCUCACGCUGAAGAUCACGAGUCCAAUUCUCACUCUCGAUAUUCUUCCAAAAUGGAAGGUAGAAGUGACGAACCAGCCAAAAAUGUUGAAAGUCACUAUAAUACAGAAAAAAACCUCUCUCGUAAGAAACUUGGAAACAUUGGAGUACUAACGUAUUAACGUCAACGAAGCACAAUUUUUAUUACGAAUUUAUUUUUUCUUUAAAAAAAUAUGGUGAUAUUAAUGUAAUGGCGGUGGAGUCCCCGUCUAACGAGGGGAGGUACUGAGGCGGCCUCCAAGCCGCCGAGGUUAUGCAAUCCGAGUCGGCCCGGGCAAAACAUAUGAAUGAUAUAUUUCACAGCAAAAAAUAACCGAGCACACGUAAUGCUCCAAGCAAACGUAUGCCUUCGGUCUGACCUAACUUUUCUUCUAUGAAGAAAAUGAACCGGGCAACCAGUGAAACACAGUUUUACUUGUGAGAGGCCGUCGCAUCAGACGGCAGGUCGGCGGCCGACUCGGAUUGAGUCAUUGCGCGGCUUGGGCCGCCUCAGUUCCUUAUGCUCGUUAGGUGAAGCCUUUGUCCCCAUUACAUCGACCUCAGAAUAAAUUUUAUUAGGAAAAAAUAAAAACAUAAUUGAAUGUAUCAACUAUGGCAGCAGUUACUGCAGUUAACCGCAUGAAUUUAUGUGAGUGUGAGCAGAACAACACCAACAGCGUGAAAAAGUCCACUGAGUACUAACAUUAACAACUGUCAGAUGGUUGAAUUAUCAAAGGAAAAAUGGGAAAGAAAACAGACAAUGAACAGCUUGGGUACACAUGGUUAACAAGAAUUAAUCACAAAGUUAUUUUGUUCAGUUUUCUGAAUAAAAAUUAAACUAUAUUCAUUCAUACAUCAGAUGAUUUUUUUCCACCUUUUCCAAAUCAGGCUAGAAGAAAAGAGUAGCCAUGGUUGAAUGAUCUUUCUGCACUUUUGUGAACAUCAAUAUUAGAUAUAAGAGAGUGUCGAGUUUCUCGUGUCCAUUUUAGAAUGUGGCUUCAGAUUCUACUACGCAAGUUAAAAGGGCCACAGAUUGAUCUGACAAAUCGACUUUUUCAGUUCGAAGUAUUAACAUGUUGAGCCCCGCGUCGCCCCCUGGCAUUGAAUUUUCUGUCUGGGUUGCGCCGUUUUUAUUGAACCGACAUUGGACUUUUCGUUUUCGAGCGAAAUGAAAACGCACCUAAUCUUCGAAAAUCUUCCAAGGGUGGAGCAAAGGAAAUUUGGAAAAUCGAUUUUUUUCGAUGCCAAAUGACUUAAAAAUGCAUGAAACCAAAUUUUUUUUCGAGAUGAUAUCAGAUCUCGACGUUUCAUGCAUUUUAAAGUCAUUCGGCAUCGAAAAAAAAUCGAUUUUCCAAAUUUCCAUUACUUCCCCCUUGGAAGAUUUUCGAGGAUGAAAAAAUCAAAACUUCGAGUGCCUAAAUCAUGUCCGAUUGAGCUGCAAUUUUGCACAUGUGAUUUUUAUGGGCCAAUAAACAAAAUGUACAUGGACGGUUUCUGAAAUACGAUAAUGAAUUUUUGAAAUUCGAUGAUGAAUUCGACGUAUUUCUUGGCGAUUUUAGGAAAAACAGCAAACGGGUAAAUACUUGUCUAUCGGAGAUGUUCAUGAGAUUUUUUGUGUGUAAUGAGUGACAAUUACACUUAAAAAAAAACUUCAAAUAAUAGAUAAAAUAACUCAAAAAUAGGACAGAAACGGAAGUCUGUUGUCUGUUGUUGAACUCAUGGCACGAAGCUGGAAAUGCGUUCUCUUACAUUUUUAUAAAAUUUCUACAAAUCUUCAUGGCGACCAUAAUUUAUUGGCCCUCUUCCAUCAGAACAGUCAGCGGGAUAUCAAGUGGAUGAAAUGGAGGAAAUAUCUCAGGAUAACAAUUGCUAUUGAAUACAAUACAAAGAAAAUAUCCAAACCAUCACUAACCUGGGAUUUCUAAGAAGAAACGUAUUCCGAUGUUCUACUCAUAAGAAAAACCGCGACGUAUCGCCUUCCGGUAGAGUUCUCCGAGUGAUACCGAAACAAAAAUCUGAAAAAAGAGAUGAAAGAAGAAAAAAAUUAACAAACCACGCCCAAGUGGAAAAAGUGUCAAUUCUUUCUGUGCAAAUUAGUGCAUUCUUUAAUAAAGGAAAAAAACUCGCUUAUGGCUAAUAUAUUCUAGCAGUUGCAAACUAUUGAGAUCAGUUACGUUUCGUCAGGUGAUUAUUUUCAUGUUUUCAUUUUUUUUCUCCCGAUAAGGUUUAACCUUAAUCGGAGUUGUAAAUUUUGGAUUCCUGAAGCAAAAUUCCAAAUAUUAUCGAACCCGUGCUUCAUUAGGUAAAACCUUUAACUCGUUGUUGAGAAUAUUCAAAUCAAACAUAUAUAUCACCAUAUGAACCCAUUUCGAACAAAAAAAAACAGCCAUCUCUCGCCCCAAAUCAUUGACAUUAAAUAAUUAGAAUACUUGAACCAAUGCAGGGGAGAUAGAAAAUUGACAGGUCAACAUUUUGAAACACACACACACUAGCAUAAAUAUUACUGUAAAUAAUUCUCGUUCGUUGAUUUAACAACAACAGCAAACAAAAAAAACUAUUAUAACUAAAAGCAUGAUUCGUGUUGUAUCAAAUGCAUAUUGAUUCGAAAAUCAACUACAAAAAUUAGGCUCGUUUAGGUUUCUAUGCGUAGGAACACAUUUUUUAACUUCUCGAAAACAUUCUCGAAACAAACUGGGAGUAAUGGAUAGGAUUUGUUGUAAUUAGUGUAUCGAUAGUUCGCAAAGUAUUGUUUCUGUUAUUGUUUUAAUUGGCAGUCAACAUCGUUCGUGUAAAUACAGUCUUCUUUCCAUCCAUGAUGUCCACAUACAGCAAGACCGCUAGCAGCCGUUUCCGUGAACUGUUCUUCUCUUCACUUUGCUUUAAUCACUAUACACACUAAAAGCAAAUUGAAACAUAUAUUCCGUAUUUUUGCGAAAGCAACUCAUCAUUAUCCAAUUAAUCGUUAUUUUGCGUUGGGUAGAACUGAGUUUUAUUUUGUCGUCGAAUAUUGCACUCGCACAAUAUACUCUUUAAAAAUUAUAAACGAACUGCAAACCUCGUAGUAGACAGACAAAGCAUAUUAGAAAAAAAAACACUGAAAACGGAACAUCGAUUGAAUGUAUGCCAUGAGUAAAAAAAAAACAACCCAUUAGCAAAACCAGAAGUCGUCGCAGUGUCUCUUGUUAUGAAAUAAAAAUGUUGCGUCGUGAAUCUCCGAAACUAUCCGAACAAUACUCGUGCUACUGUCAGCUGGUCCUUACCAUCAUACUGACAACAACAAAAAUCAUCGUAUCUUCAGCCACCCCGGGCUUGUCAUUAUAUCACUGUUUCAUAUCGUAGUCAUACAAACAUACAUACAGUCAUAAAACUUUGGAACUUUACCGACGAAAAAAAAAUAAUCAAAAAGAAAGGAUAAAAAAUCGUAGCUGUCACUGUUUUUGUUAUUUUUUCUCUCCUUUUGUACUCGAAACUCAUCCUUAUCAACAACAAUUUGAACAAAACGAAACAAAAGAAAACCUUUAUCGAGAACCAGAUUAAAUCACAUAUAUUUAUAUCAAAAUUUAUAUUAAACAAAAAAUGCGAUAUUAGGAAGGCAACCGCUAUACACACAUACACAUAUUUAAAAUAAUCAUCAAUAUUUGAAACAAUAUUUACAAACAAUUCUAAUAUCUUAAAAAGCGACAACUUAUUGGAUGAACCUAAUUCUAACAAUCAGCAAAGAUCGAUCGAUAGCAGCAGCAGCAGCCAUUUCGGGUGACGUUUCUGUCCACGCCUAUUAAAUUUUUGCAGCGAUGGCGUAGAGAACACAACAAUCGCUUGUAGCGGGUGCAAAACUCUGCUAACACACACUCACACACACAUCAUACAUCCACACACAGAAAAAAACAUCUACACCAGCUACCCAUGGUUACUACGAUGCGUUCAAGGGGGGACAUUACGAACAUUAAAAAAAAACACACAAGCCUACUUCACACGUAAUCUCGAUAAACCUUAUGACAGAUGAAGGAUGAAGUAACAUCGAUGUAAUGGUAUUAUUUUUCGGUGGUCAUCAAGAGCGACAAGCUAAAUAGCGAAGUACGUGUGUUUCACGCGAUAAUCAGUGAAUCAUUUUGUGUCUACUACUACCAAAGAAACUGAACAUCCUUUUGGGUAAAGCGAUGGGUUCUCUGCGGUUCUCUGCGGUUCUCUGCUGCUCUCUGUCCAACUUCUAUAAGAUCAAGGCGAUGAUCUUGCUGCUUUGUGUCAUUGUAAACAAACAAUGCUUAAACUUAUAUUCUAGUGUGUUUGUAUUGGUGACUACCAUACAUUGCAUGAUUUUCAUAUGUGUGUGUGCAAGCGCUGAGCGUCAACCAAAGGUUUUGUAUUUUCCAAGUGUCACGUUUCUAUAAGACCAGUUACAUUUUUCCGAUGUUUUAGUUGUUUUGAUCAAUAAAUCUGGAAAAUGCCGAAGGGAAAAGUGUUCUCGGAGAGAAAAGAAAGACAAAUCGAUGCAUUUCACCAAGAAAAUAUUGGUAUCAGAGAAAUUUCUCAUCGGAUUGGACAAUCCCAUCAAGCAGUGCUCAAUUAUUUAACGAAUCCUCAAGGAUACGGUAAGAAGGAGAGAGCUCCACGUAAAUCGAAGCUCUCUGACCGGAAUAAGCGGGAAAUAGCUAGAACAGAUUCGAAUACCUCAACAUCGCUCAUGCAAAUAAAGCAAUAUUUCAAUUUAAAUGUUACUAGGGUGACAAUUCAUCAAGUUUUGGUAAAAAAUCCUCAUAUAAAGAGGGUUUGAAAGGUUAAAACUCCUCAUUUUACACCAUCUUACAUCGGAAGACGUCUGAGUUUUUCCAAAGCUCACAUGAACCGACAGUGGGACAUGGUAUGUUGUGACAAAGAAUGUUUCCAAAAGAAUACAUUUUGCUAUAUAGCAGAACAAAAAGUACUUCAAUGUAUAGGUUAUCUUCACUGACAAAAAAAAGUUAAAAAAAAGUCUUGAUGGUUUCAACGGGUACUGGCGUGAUUUACGGAUGAAAGAAAAAUAUUUUUCAAUCAGGAUUUUUUGUGGAGGAUCGUGCAUGGUUUGGGCGGGAUUCUGUGCAACCGGAAAGCUCAAGACAGCUUUCAUAUCAUUCAAGGAUUACCUACAUGUUCUGAAAUCCUCUCUCCUACCGUUUUUGAGUGGAUAUCGUCACAAAAAAUCACAUUCCAGCAAAACAAUGGUACUAUUCAUAUCAGCAAGAAAACUAAGCAAUGGAUUAAGGACCAAAAACUUAAUUUUCUGGACUGGCCGGCUCACUCUCCAGAUUUGAAUCCUGUUGAAAAUCUUAGGGGGAUCCUUGUACGCAGAAUACACCACCGAUUGAAGAGCUCAAGGUCGCAAUUUCGGAAACAUGCAAAAAUAUCGAGAAAUUCGUUCAGGAGCAUUUGGUAAAUAGUAUUCCAACACAAAUUUUCCAGGUUAUUAGCCUAAAUGGCAAGGUUGCCAAUUAUUGACAUGUAAAUCAGACGAUCGUUGUGAAUUUUGCAUCGAUAAUCCUUAUGAAUUUUGAAAUGGUCUUAUAGAAACUGGACAGCUGAAAUUAUCAUAUUUAAGCACUAUAAAUAAACAAACAACUCUUUUGAACGAAACUGACGUCAAUAUAAAAUAUACUUUAUUCUAAGCAUUCAACAAUGUAUGAAUGUAUCUUGUUGAAAUUCUAACUGUUUGUUUUUCAACGAAAUAGAAUCAGGGUGGUCUUAUAGAAGUUGGACAGAGUGUAUGUCUUGAUCGAUGUAUAUGAACUAAUUAUUUGUUUUCUCAGAUUAAUUGUGGACAGCGACUGUUAGGCGGAUUGGGGUAAUGUACACUGUGAGGCACUAGUGUUCAAAAAAAAGUUGGAACGUAAACUCCGUAGGUAGUCAAUAUUUCCCAAAGAUUCUUGAUCAAACAGUACUGCAAUGUGAUCAGUCAAGUGAUACGGUACCGGUAUUGAAUGACCAUCAAGAUUACAUUGUUUUGCGUCAGAAAAAAAUCUCUAUAUCGCCACUCAUUGGUGCUGUACACAUAAAGGGUGUUACGAUCAAAAUUUGGUCACACAAGUACGCGCGUAAAUUAGUUAAUAUUGAGUAUUUUGAGUAGUAAAUUUUGAAGUGGGCUUCAGGAUUACAGAUAUGAAGGAAUUUUGAUUUUUUUCGGGGAUAUUUCGAAACCAAUAUUUUUUGGACCCAGUUUUGAUUGCUGAUGCAGUGACGCUAACUGAAACUAGCACAAUUUAAUCUGCAUAAUCAUGGUUUUAUACAUUGUCUACAUUUUUUUGCAAAAAGGAAUUGCAUAAUCAUGAAAAGGGUUGGUAAUAUAACCGAGCCCUGGGGAAUUCCACUUUUUUGCAGUUUUAACGAAGAUUUGGAGUUGCUGCCUAUGGUUCUGAAAUGUUUUACAUGGAAGCCUAAUCGACGGCGAAUCUCCCAGUCGAAAAGACCCUUCAAUACUGGGUACCUCCAUGCUCGAUCAAAUGUAUAGCUUAGAUCUGUGUGGUGUUUCUUCUCGAUAACGUCAUGUAUAUUUGUCUCUAAUUCUUCGAGGUGAUCUUCAUUACAAAAGUCUCAAAAACCCUUUUUUCAAAGUAGAACACGUUUCUCAUCCGGUAGAGCCUUGGUUAACUUUACUAAGUGUCGACUCAAGAUCAAUAAUAGGAAGUCCCUGUUGAAAUCGUACUCCGAGUCGGAGCUGAAGUCAAUGGGUUCACCUUUGGCAUUCGGCUUUUCUGGUUUGGAAAAAAAAACUUUUGUAAUUAUGGUUGGAUAAGGCUUUUGCAAAAUGUUCUCCAAGCUGCAUGGCAAAAUUACUCGCUAUUUGCUUUUUUUAAACAGCGGGAAAUUGGGAGAGCGCAAACCAAGAUGUGGAAUUUAGCGCAGCAGAUAAACAAAUCAAGCGUAUAAUGCAUUGCCCGGUCCCGUAUUCGUAUUGAAUGAGCAGCUGGGAGAGCGUAGAUCGCUUGUGAUCGACCAACCAGAAUGCGGGAUUUUUGUGUAGAUAAUGUUGGACAUUUUUCAGUUGUUCGAUAGUGAGUUCAAUAAUAUAUAUAAAUUUCUUCAUUAUAGUAGAACCCAUCAGGAAAUGACUGGGCCUUAAACCUGAUAAAAUAAAGAAGUGUGUAAAAUUGUCCACAAUAUUACUUUCAAAACUUCUCGAAUCGGCCACUGCAUAAUCGACUAUAUCAGCCAGCUUAAUAUGGUAUCGAUUUCAUCCUCAUUAUUCACAAUAUUCAUAACCUGUAUGCAUUAUCAAACUUUAAAUUUUCGAAGAUUUUCUAUGACUUUGAUCAAAUCGCGUGUUGGAAUCAUCGUAAAUAUACAAAACUCUACCUUUUCCACCAAGCAGUGUUUUGCAGUAUUUUUAGCGCAACAAAUUAAAACGAAUUUCAUACAAAAAAAAAACAAAACAUCAUUUUACUCACUGCGCCAUCUGGGUGUGAAUUUAAGGUAAAUUCGUCAAUUGGAAAAUACUUACUCCAAAAAUGGCCACUCAUUGUUGAUCUACACAAUUUUGUCAAGCACUGAACGAAACUAUUCUUUCACGCACUGUCAAAAAUAAAUAUUACAGGUUUCAUCUUAAUGUUCCCGCUCUUUGAUUUCUGAGAAUAUGUCACCGCUAAAACUCUUCACAAUACCACGGUCAUAUUAUUGUUUUUAAACGUAAAUAUCCAUCUCACAAUUCACAAUCAACUCUCGUAUGAACCAUGAAACAAAACGCCUACUGUGAUCGGAGAAAAACCUUAUUUCCGAUAUCAACGCCGCCUAGCUGUCACUGUCUCGACAUCUGUUUCCCAGACAACUCUCAUUCAUCAUCACAAAAAAAUAUCAUCCAUCGUAACAAAACGAGUAACGCUACCGGUAGGAAGCUAGAGGGCGCCACUCUAACGAGCACUCUACUUCCCAUCCCUAACUGUAGGAUAGUCGAGCUGAUUAAGAGAAUAGUCGGAGAUUUCGCGAUAAUAAAAACAUGAAGCAUAUCAUAUGAUGGACAUCUAAAAUCAAGUGAAACUAAUGAGAGAUACUAUGUAUGAAAGAGAGAAAGAAAACAAAACGCCCAUAAGAACACACACAUUACACACAUAAAUACACUCUCACUCACUCACAAAUGCAUCUUUUAUUAAGAAGAAAGUAAAAUUUAACAUCCAAAAAGGGUAAACAAAUAUUUUUUGAUAUAAAUUUACAAACUUUAAACACCUUUAAACGAGAAAAGUUAGAAAAAAAUGAGAACGCUAUCACGCUCUACACUUUCCCAACUUGAAGGAAGCAGAUGUUGUAUAAUCCUCUCGAUUCUCGGCACGCCUCGCCCUCUCUCCAAUCACCGCAUCCCCGCAAAAAUCGGCGGAGAGGUGAAACUAUAGAGUCCAUAAGCUUCGCUUUAAUCAUUUUCCACUGAUAAUUUAUUCUACCGGAACGCAAAGCAAGCAAACCCACUUACAAACAGUUGGAAACAAUCGUACCAAAGCGCAGACUAACACACCCACACAGACUCAUAAACUUUUGAGAGACAAUUUCGUACACAGUAAACUUUUUUUAGCUGUUUAGCUCGCAGUUUUACAAGAAGAAAAAAAAUACGGUCUAACCGACAACACAAGUUACGAACCUCGAAACGGAAACCGCCGCCUGUAUUUUUGAUUGUGUUUGAGAAGUUUCGUUGUACAAUCACGUUGAUUAUGGGAAGUUUGAGAAUGAAAAAAAAAGUUUUUGACGAGAGACACUGCGCGUCGGAAGUAUGAGACACACUGAGCGAGUAUGAAAACGAAACUAAAAUGUAGGAGAAGUGAAAAUUUACAAAAAAAAAGAUUACACAUACACACACAAACACUCACAAUACACCACAAGUAUUAAUUCUAAUGUUUAAACUGGAAACAAGAGGAGAAAAAAAAACGAGUAGCUGUAUUUAAAAACGUAAAUGAAGUAAACACAAAAAAAGAAGUUUUAUAUAUUGAAAUCAAGAGUAAAACACAAGUGGUAGCCUAUAAUUAGUUAAUUUUAACGUAAUCAAGUAAACCAAUUAUAUAAGUCUCGACUAUUAGUUUUUUUUUCUUUGACAAGGAAACGAGAAUGCAAGGAGAAAAAACAAAGCACACUCAUGACCACACGUUUUAGUGUACGACUUGCGUAUUUCUUUUGAUCGCCAGAUAUCUUGUCAACAGCUUUGUCCACGUUCUGGGUUUCGGUUUUGACAUUUAUCCAAUUUAAAGUAGAAAAUUCGAAAAAGAAAAAAAUUUAAGAAAAAAACUAAACUAAACGAACGAUUAGCUGAGAUUAAUAAAGCACAUGGAGCGAAGAAUUUAGCAAUUAAAUAAAACAGAAGACGUCGCAGAAAAAAAAACACUUAAUUAUUGGCCUCUCGUUGUUUUUAGUUUAUGGCGUCUUUAUCAUCGCCAUCUGUAUGUCAUUUUUCAUGACAUUUUUUUGGUGUUUCGCUUAUUCCGCUUGGUUGGUUUUCAUUGAUUUGUGUUUUUUAUUUUUAAUUAAAAAAGUAACAAAAAUGCCAUUCACCGAACAAAAAGCGAGAAGUUCGUAAAUUACUAAAGGAAUUUGAUGAAAAAAAACUGUAAUUGCAACAUGAAACCAACUAAAUAGACACACAUUAUUACUAAAAAAAUAACAAAACAAAAAAUGCUAGAAUAAACAAUUGCAAACAUCAUUGAAUAUACGCAAAACAAAAAUAAUAAUAACUAGAAGGAACCUCACAUCAAACGCCCUGUGUGAGGAGCAUUACGAAACAUUCCAAGACGAAAAGGUGAGUCUUUGACCAUUCGACUGCAAACAGAAGCAUUCCUGUAGCUGUUCUUGAGACAAUGUAAAUUUAAACUAAUUGUUGAUCCUCUGCUAUCCUUUAUCGAAGAAAAAAAAUCAUUUUUCACUGUUUCUGUUUCUGUGAAAUAUUUACCACUAGAAUCGUCAUUAAUUGUUGAUUGUUUAUCAAAGAAUACGAAACUCGAAAAUCAAACCUUCCCUAUUUUUUGUCCUUUGGAAAGCACGGAGAGAUCGUAUUGAAACGGUCGAAUUUUAUUCGAAAAAGAUCAUAAAAAUAAGCGGAAUACCACAUACCAUAUUUAUUAAACGUACGGUAAAGUGAGAAGCGCUAAUUCGUGUCCCUCUCCCUCUUACAAAGUAAAAACACACAACAAAUAACGAAAUGGAAAAACGUUCUACUCCUUCACUAUGUAAUAAACGUCAUCUUCUCUCCCUGUUUCAAUCACCUAUCUUUAUCGUCACAUGAAUAUGCUCAUACACAAACAACACGUACAUACACGCGCAUACCCAACCAUAAACUUACAAAAAAAAACAGCGCUGCAAUCACCCAGAAAAUAGCAAACACAUACUUACAGAAACUAAACGGCAACAACAAAAGCAGAAAAUAAGUGUUAAAUAUCUACCGAAAACAAAACUCUCACCGCUCUACUCGAGAUACGAAGAACAGGAAGCAAAUGUCAUCAAAAUAGAAUAAUAUGAUGGAAAAAUGUAUACAUUCAGCAUAAACACCACAUACACACAUACUACACACACAAGCGCGAAAACAAAACUGAUUAAGUAUAUGUAUAAAUCAAUCAUAAGAGGGGAAAACGUAAUAAAAUAAAAGAAGAAAGUAGCAAAAAUACUCUGAUUCCACCACUGCCACAAUUAUUAAGGGAAAGAGGAAUGGUAAGAGAGCAAAAAAAAAACAACUACAAACAAAACCAAAACGAUUCCAUCAGCAACAACAACAUCAACAGCAACAACAGCAGCAGCAGCAACAAAACAGUAGAAGGAAAAACGUCAUCUAUCUUUUUUUAUUUUCUGGGCGAACACAAAACAGCGUAGAAGAAAACAACAAAAAAAAAUAAAACAAAACAUCGUUUAUUGUGUAUAGUAAGAAGAAAAAAACAAAGACAGAGACAAAGAGAAAACAAAAGCGAAACGAACUGAACCCGAAGAGACAUUCACAGA